AUGGACGGCGGAGUACCGCCUGCUGACAAUGGAACUGGAGGGCUAGCUGGCGAGCCUGGAUUUUCAGAUGACGGUGUCACAGUGGCGUUCAUUGUGCCACAAGGUCUUGCUGCUGUGAUCCUAACCUUCUCGCUCUUUUUUGCCGUAGCCUCGCUCGUCAUUGUUUCCCUCAGGAUCUGGAUCAGGGCCCGAUCGAACAUAAUAGGAUGGGACGACGGGUUGAUGGUAUGUGGACUGGUACUAUUCCUGGUAGAUACCGGUCUUGCUUCCUAUGGCACAUUCCAAGGAUUAGGGACACCCAACGCUGAAGUGGGCUCGCAAAUGGAAAUCAUCGGCUUGAAGUAUGUCAUGAUCUGGCAACUUUUCUAUAUAGUGUCGCUCUGCUUCAUAAAGAACAGCAUCUGCAUCACGAUGCUUCGAAUCGCGAUAAACCGGACACAUCGAUGGGCGUUAUAUGGGACAAUAGCAGUAUCCACGGGAGUGUCGCUCGUAGGGUUCAUUGGCAUGCUCACGGUUUGCCGCCCUAUAACGGCGCAGUGGGAAGCAGGAUCGGGGACCUGUGCGCCCCGAUCAGUCAUAAUUGCCCUCAACUAUGUAAUAUCUGCCGGGGCUAUCGUCACAGAUUGGGCAUGUGCUAUCGUCCCAGCAUUCAUCUUGUGGAAUGCACAAAUGAGGAGGAACGUCAAGUUAUCCGUGGGAAUCGUACUUGGCCUUGGUUCGCUCGCUUCGAUAUCGACGUUUUUGAGAAUUCCAUACCUGAAGUACUAUGAAUCUUCGGAUAACUUUCUCUACAACGUUGGCAACAUUGUUCUUUGGUCCGUAUUCGAGGGGGGGAUUGGCCUUGUCGCCGGAUCGUUGCCUAUGCUACGGCAGCUCUUCAAGCGAUGGCUGGGAAGCACAGCCCGCACCACGUCAGUAGGUCCGUCAAACCUUGUCACCAUUGGUGGCAGCCACAGAAAACACAGCGUGUCACAAAGUCAAAAGCCUCCUCCAUACUCUAGUCGUGCUUCGAGGACCCGAGAGGACAGAGGUUGGGACAGGCUGGAAGAUUCAAACUCGGAUUUGCACCGUCUGCAUGAUGUUCCGGAACAUUCCGAAUCUCAAUACGAAUUACGUGAUCUCGACCGACGAGAUGUUAGAAUGUUGGUCCAAGAUACGGAGAAGAACAUUGCGUUGGCGAGAUAA